AGACGAGGACUCUUGACUGUGAAACUAAAGACAGCUGAAUGAGCUGUGUUCCAGUAAAGCUCCACCUCUUCCUGUAUGCAGAUAUACACUGAGGACAGCACAUGAUGAUCAGAGCAGAGAGCAGGCGGACGGCCAGAGAGACGGUCUACCUGGACAUGGAUCACCUGUUGGUGCUGCUGCUGCUGUGGAGCUCAGGACUCCAGGCUGAAGGAAAUCACACCUCAACAGAGCCUGAUGAUGUCAGAUUGGUGGGAGGAGCCAGUCGCUGUGCAGGAACACUGGAGGUGAAACAUCAGGGAGACUGGAGACCAGUGAGUGGCUCUGGCUGGACCCUGAAGACAGCAGCUCUUGCCUGUAGAGAGCUGGACUGUGGCUCUGCUGUUUCUGUAGGAGAGAGAAAGGAGUCCUCACGGAGACCUGUGUGGUGGAUCAGGUCUGACUGUGUUCAGUCUGGAUCUGCUUUGAGGGAGUGUGGAUCAUCAUAUUCCUCUUCCUCCAUCGUGGAUCUCACCUGCUCAGACUCUGUCAGGCUGCUGGGCGGGACUAGUCUGUGCUCAGGCAGACUGGAGCUGAAGUCUAACCAGUGGUGGUCCUCAGUGUGUGAAGCUGACUUUGACCAGCAGGAUGCAGAGGUGGUCUGUAGGGAGCUUGGCUGUGGGGCUCCUUCAGUCCUCCAUGGGACCCUCUAUGGAGAAGUGGAGGCUCCGAUGUGGACCAAAGAGUUCCAGUGUGGAGGCCAUGAGUCUGCUCUCCUGGACUGUAGAAGCUCAGGCUCAGCUAGAAACACCUGCUCACCUGGAAAAGCUGUUGGACUCACCUGCUCAGAGCCUCAUGAUGUCAGAUUGGUGGGAGAAGCCAGUCGCUGUGCAGGAACACUGGAGGUGAAACAUCAGGGAGACUGGAGACCAGGGAGUGACCCUGUCUCUGGCUGGACCCUGAAGACAGCAGCUGUUGUCUGUAGAGAGCUGGACUGUGGCUCUGCUGUUUCUGUAGGACAGAGAAAGGAGUCCUCACUCAGACCUGUGUGGUGGAUCUGGUUUGACUGUGUUCAGUCUGGAUCUGCUCUGAGGGAGUGUGUAACAUCAUCAGAUUCGUCUCCAUUCAUCGUGGAUCUCACCUGCUCAGACUCUGUCAGGCUGCUGGACGGGACUAGUCUGUGCUCAGGCAGACUGGAGGUGAAGUCUAACCAGAGGUGGUCCUCAGUGUGUGAAGCUGACUUUGACCAGCAGGAUGCAGAGGUGGUCUGUAGGGAGCUUGGCUGUAGGGCUCCUUCAGUCCUCCAGGGGGCGCUCUAUGGAGAAGUGGAGGCUCCGAUGUGGACCAAAGAGUUCCAGUGUGGAGGCCAUGAGUCUGCUCUCCUGGACUGUAGAAGCUCAGGCUCCGCUAGAAACACCUGCUCACCUGGAAAAGCUGUUGGACUCACCUGCUCAGAGCCUGAUGAUGUCAGGUUGGUGGGAGGAGCCAGUCGCUGUGCAGGAACACUGGAGGUGAAACAUAAGGGAGUCUGGAGACCAGUGGAUUACUCUGUCUCUGUCUGGACCCUGGAGACAGCAGCUGGUGUCUGUAGAGAGCUUGACUGUGGCUCUGCUGUUUCUGUAGGAGAGAGAAAGGAGUCCUUACGCAGACCUGUGUGGAGGAUCAAGUCUGACUGUGUUCAGUCUGGAUCUGCUCUGAGGGAGUGUGUAACAUCAUAUUCCUCUUCCUUCAUCGUGGAUCUCACCUGCUCAGACUCUGUCAGGCUGCUGGACGGGACUAGUCUGUGCUCAGGCAGACUGGAGGUGAAGUCUAACCAGAGGUGGUCCUCAGUGUGUGAAGCUGACUUUGACCAGCAGGAUGCAGAGGUGGUCUGUAGGGAGCUUGGCUGUGGGGCUCCUUCAGUCCUCCAGGGGGCGCUCUAUGGAGAAGUGGAGGCUCCGACGUGGACCAAAGAGUUCCAGUGUGGAGGCCAUGAGUCUGCUCUCCUGGACUGUAGAAGCUCAGGCUCAGCUAGAAACACCUGCUCACCUGGAAAAGCUGUUGGACUCACCUGCUCAGAGCCUGAUGAUGUCAGGUUGGUGGGAGGAGCCAGUCGCUGUGCAGGAACACUGGAGGUGAAACAUAAGGGAGUCUGGAGACCAGUGGAUUACUCUGUCUCUGUCUGGACCCUGGAGACAGCAGCUGGUGUCUGUAGAGAGCUUGACUGUGGCUCUGCUGUUUCUGUAGGAGAGAGAAAGGAGUCCUCAGACAGACCUGUGUGGAGGAUCAGCUCUGACUGUGUUCAGUCUGGAUCUGCUCUGAGGGAGUGUGUAACAUCAUAUUCCUCUUCCUUCAUCGUGGAUCUCACCUGCUCAGACUCUGUCAGGCUGCUGGACGGGACUAGUCUGUGCUCAGGCAGACUGGAGGUGAAGUCUAACCAGAGGUGGUCCUCAGUGUGUGAAGCUGACUUUGACCAGCAGGAUGCAGAGGUGGUCUGUAGGGAGCUUGGCUGUGGGGCUCCUUCAGUCCUCCAGGGGGCGCUCUAUGGAGAAGUGGAGGCUCCGAUGUGGACCAAAGAGUUCCAGUGUGGAGGCCAUGAGUCUGCUCUCCUGGACUGUAGAAGCUCAGGCUCAGCUAGAAACACCUGCUCACCUGGAAAAGCUGUUGGACUCACCUGCUCAGAGCCUGAUGAUGUCAGGUUGGUGGGAGGAGCCAGUCGCUGUGCAGGAACACUGGAGGUGAAACAUCAGGGAGACUGGAGACCAGUGAGUGACUCUGUCUGGACCCUGAAGACAGCAGCUGGUGUCUGUAGAGAGCUGGACUGUGGCUCUGCUGUUUCUGUAGGACAGAGAGAGGAGUCCUCACUUAGACCUGUGUGGUGGAUCAGCUCUGACUGUGUUCAGUCUGGAUCUGCUCUGAGGGAGUGUGUAUCAUCAACUUCCUCUUCCUUCAUCCUGAUUGUUACCUGCUCAGACCUGCUGCUUCAGCCCAACAUCUCUGCGUCCUCCUCCGUGGACGGGGUCUCCGAGGCCCAGCAGCAGGGCUUUCAGGUGUCCAGGGGCUCCACCUUCACCAUCAGCUGCUCCAUCCAGCCACAGUACCCAGGAGGCUCCUUCCAGCUCGCCUUCACCUCCUCCAUCACAUCACACAACUACAUCCUGCCAGCUGUCAAUCACUCUGCCCACUUCCUGUUUCCUGCCGCAGAGCCCGCCCACCAAGGAAGCUACAGCUGUGUUUAUCACGUCCAUGUUUUUUCUCAUGACUUCUCCUCUGAGAGCCGUCGGCUGUCUCUCACUGUCUCAGAUCCAACAGGUCUUCUCAUCAAAGUGGUCGUCCUGCCGCUGACUCUGCUGUUGGUGAUCGCUGCCCUUUGUUUCUACCGUAAGGCCAGCAGGGGGCAGAAGCCGGGCAGGCAGGAGGACAUCGAGCUGGAUUAUUAUAACCCGGGUGUUUCUGCAGCUGAAGGAGGGCCGACUGAAGAGGAAGGAGCUCAGGGAGCAGAGUAGGACCUCCAAGGAGCUCAUCUCAGCUGCCUCACAACCCACCAUCAGCUCAGUCCAGGAUUUUACUCUUUUCUAGUGAUGGAUAAGCCUCUGGUUCUGGUUCUUGGGGGGCCUUCACAGACACAGUUUGACUGCCUGACACAUUUACAAGCCAUAUAGUAACAUGAUUUGCUUUCAGAGUGAUAAUGGUUAACUGCUGAGCUCAGAUUACAAAAGUAGAACAUUUGAAGAAAGAUGUUUAAUUUGAGAUACUGUCUUUAUUUCUUUAAUAAGUCCUGUAUCUCUGCAUCUUGUGCCGGACCUCAUCUUUGCCUCUAGAAACCUUUGUCUGGGUACGGACAGACAUGUCUCAAGUCUCAAAAUAACGCUAGUUUCCAGUACAGAGGAAGCUAAGGUCCACUCUUUUGCUGUAAAUUAAACCAAAAGCUAAAGCGUCCCUGACGACGCAUUUGUGUAUCUAGCGCACAUGAGGGGAGGUGUGAAAAAAGGUGUGAUGCAGAGGGGAAGGUCAAGAGUUUUACUUUUUACGCUUCUAUCAUUUUUAGUCAACGGUAAGACU